GGUAAAGAAGAACAAUGUUGCUCCUCUUGUUUUAACAAUACAAAAUAUACUUGUUUAAGAUGCCAGGAAUACUUCUGUAUUCCCUGUUCUGUGUUCGAGAAUGAUGAAACUGUCAAGGGCUGGAAAGCAGGCACUUCAGUCGCAUAUUGUGAGCCACGUUUCCGAGAAGUUAUGGAAGAGAGCGAAAAGGUCGCAGGUAAAUAUGAUUCUGAUGAAUCCCGCAAAGAUCGAGAUCUUGCAAAGCAGGAAGAAUGGUCUUCUAAAAAAAGGAAAUCCAUCAAAGAAGAUACAACGAAAAGGUCAGUAUGAAAACAACACCACCACAUGUUUAGUUUCAAUUAUGGAACCGAGAUACUGCUGAUGCCAUAAUUUAAUAUUUCUACUGCCAUGUUUGAGAGUUGUUAUUGUUCUCGUGAUCUUUAAAAACCUGUUUCCUAUCAAUAACAAACAAGCCAAGUAGUCAACUACAAAAGUUUGUAAAAGAAUGUUAAAACAAAUUUUGAUGACAUACUAGGAAAGCACUGAUACCAUUGUUUAUUUAAUGGACAAGAUAAAAAUUUGUAGGACUUAUCAUCAUGCUUAUUUUGUGGCGGAUGGCAGUAAUAUAAUGUUUGUUAUUGUUUUUCCAUUGGUAGGAAUAGAAUGGCUACAGCAGGCAAUGAUGAUGACGAGGUAGAAGUGGAUGAAGAAGAUGAAGAGGCUGAAGAGGGUGGAGACUUGGACAUCUCUCAAACUUUUCAUGAAAAAAGCCAAUGGACAAAAGAAAAAGAAACCAGGUCGAAAAGCCAAGUGGUGUCCACAGGCACUUGA